AUGUCCGUUUUUGACUGCUGCCACGACCGGCGUCUUCUUAUAACAACAUUUGUUGACAACUGGCGCCUCACUUCAUGCUGCAAGAAACCUACCUGCGUGGAUUUUCCCUCAUUCCCCAUCCCCAUCGAAUCCGCCGUUCUUCAUCCUCAAUAUCCAAACUCCGUGUUUUGUGUGCAAGUGAUAGACCACCCGAUAACACAAUCUGGCAAGUCGCAUACAACCUUGAACCAGGAUACGACGCUACCAAGUAAGGCAUAUAUCGUUGAACCAUCCAACCGCCGCACAACUGGAAUCAUGCAGCACCUUCCUGUGGAGCUCUUGGAGCGCAUUUGUAGUUUUCUCUGUUUCCAUUGCCAAGCGCCAUGUUACUUCCCAAACGCCGACAUGAAGGAUGUGGUGUCGGACAAGGCGUCUCUGGCGCGUUUCUGCCGAGUUUCCAAGUCGAUAUGCGCCGUCGCCCAGCCAUUUGUCUUUCACUACUACGCCGCCGGCAACCUCACCUCGUACUAUCGCGACCUUCCGACAAGACCUGGGUAUCUGUACAGCGGUGAACCUGAAUUGUGGUCCCACUCCAGCGACCUGCUUCCCUUCGUUCUCCGUUCCAUCAUCCUCCGCCCCGGCCUCGCCAGAUGCGUUCGGUCCCUACAGUUGAUCACCCUUCACCACUACGUCGAGGAAGCUUUCACCUGGGAAGACGGACCAGAAGGCGACAUCGCGCCGGCCAUCCGAAAAGCAAGCACCGACCUCGGCCUCAUUGCCUACAACGUCUUCCAUCCGGAGUACAUGGGUUGGGUCCGUGAGAACCUUGACCCCGAAGACCGCCCGCGCAUCACCAUCGGCUACGUGCACCACACGCUCGAACAACUCGCCAUCCUCCUCUGCCCGCGCGUCAGCACCCUCCUCCUCCUAGCCGACUUCUCGCCCCCCACCGGCAACCUGCUCGCCUCCCACGGCACCGCCCUCACCACCAUCGCCCUCGUCUCCCACGACAGCCGCGGCCACUACGCCCACGCGGGACCCAUCCUCGCCCUCGCUCCCAACCUACACACCCUGCACGCCAUCGACGCGCGCAACCACGACGCCCGCGCCCGGCCCGCCCCGGACCGCCUCGCCGGCGUCGCGCCCUUCUCUACCAGCACUACGACCACCGACAGCGACCCCCGCCCACCACCACCACCACUCGUGUUCCCCGCCCUACAAAAAGCCGCGCUGCACGACCUCGGCCUCGCCGCGCUCGCCGAGUUUGUGCGGAACGCCCCCGCCCUGCGCGAGCUACGCUACACCGAGACCUGGACCGAGGACGACGGGCGCGACCCCGAGUACUAUUGGGGCUUGGCGGGGUGCUUGGAGCCCGCGCGGGAGACGCUCCGGCGCUUGGUGCUCAGGGUGCCGGUCUCGCCAAGGUUGGGGGCUCAGGCGACGUCGGGGUUGGGGUCGGGGUUGGGAUCAUCGGGCGCGGUUGUGGGGUUGCUGAGAGGGUUGGUAAGGCUGGAGGUGUUGUCAGUUUCGCAGGAGGCCGUUUACGGGUGUGGUGCUGUUGGGGGUAUGGUGCGGCCGCUGCGGGGGGGGGCUGGCUGGGUUUCUGCCGCCGUCGCUUGUGGAGUUGUGUAUUUCGCAGGUUUAUCGGGAUUUUGA